UUUGGUUUCCAGUCGCGUCCCGCGCGCUGUAGGACUCACACACGAUCAGCUGAGCAGCGUUUUCCCUCUCAGUGGAAGAUUAGACAGAGCUGUUGUUCUAUCAGACUCACUCACUCUCUGUUUGCGCAGUUCAGUUCAGAGUUUUUUUUCACGGUAUUUAGCAUUUUGUGUACCGAAGCUGGUUUCGUGGACGAGAUGUUGGAGAUGGUCGCUUCGCAAAAAUGAACACAGACUUCACCAAGCCUUCUGUUGCUCCUAAGCCGAGGUUUGUUUGUCACGCCAGCCUGAAGCUUCCCUCCUCUCUCAUGUCUGCAGCCAGGGGUCCCAAACCUUCAAUCGCCCCAAAACCUAAAGUCACACCAGAGCUUAAUGGCAACCAGGGAGGAUGUAUCAAUGGCAGCUUACUAAAUUCAGAUGGUGAGGUCGAUGAAGAGCAUGAGGCAGAGAACGGUCUAAAGAAAGAUAGACAAUUUAAUGCCUACAUCCUCAAAUCAACACAAAAAGAUGUUCAGGGGACAGAGGAUGAAGAGGUGACGGAGGAAGAAAAGGAAGAAGAAGAAGACAUGAUUCAGAAGAUGGACGAUGACUGGAGGUUAACUGACAGUGCUCUAACAGAGGAGGUGGACUCCCUGGAAACACUUUGGGUCAGUGAUGCUGGGCUCACAGCUGACUCCGAGGAUGUGGUGGAGAUGGUUGACACGGACGUGACGGUGGACAUGGACGCGGAAGGUUGUGACGCAGGUGAGGCCCUGGCCGACACAGAUGGCCUCUCAGUGGGAGACAUUUCUGUUAAUAGCAUUGAUGAGGAGGCAGGCUGCUAUUCUGCUGAAAAUCGAGAUAUUAGGCAGAGGCAGGAAAAGCUCCAGAUCAAGGAGGAUGAAACAGGUGACUGUACAGCAGAUGAUUUAACUGAGUCCCUCACAGACGAACCUGGUCUCCUCAGCAAUGAAAACAUGAAGGACACUGAUCAGAAACAAAUUUUUCUAACAGAUGGGGAGGAGAAAGAAGAGGAAUCAGCUCCUGAUUGUGGCAUCACUUGUAAUAUCCUGAAGUUUAGAUGUGGCCAUAACGUGAAGGAAAAGGGCGAAAACCUACAGAACAUUAGUUUUUAUGACUUUAUCCCCGAAGACCAGAAACAGAUUGAGAGACAUAUUGCCAUGGUGGAUGAUCCAGCUCAUGAGCCUUAUUACGUCUCUUCAGAGGACAUUAUUAACAGAGAGAUGAUGCCAAGAAAUAACACAGCUCAUGGACAACCACAGAGUCCACUUUUGUCUCUAAACAUCAGUGGAGUAUCAGCUGAAAAAUAUGAGGAAACAGCAGAAAAUGGACAAACGGAGUGUGUGUCCUCUGAGGAUUACGUGGAGGUUGGCAACGGUCUUGAGUACAGCAGCUACAACAGUUAUGAAAACAAGGUAAGAACCUAUCAGAAAAGGACUGAAGAACCCAAAGCUCAGACAGCGGAGGCCUUGCUCAAUCAUGUGGACUGCCAGCCGAGGUUCAGGCUGGUAUCCAUCUCAGUGCCAACGGACACCGACACCUCGCUGACAUCUUCUCUCUCGGAAUGCCAGCUGCUUUCCCCGAGUGACUCAGAUGUCUUUGAGGAAGACCUGGAUGGUCACAUAGUGCCGUUUCUGGAUGACACUACUGACACGGAGCAGGACAUCAGUGAUGAGCAUGUCUACGAGGAGCCAGGACACAGCUCUGAGGGUGAAAAUGUUUUUCCUUUUCAUAAGAGGACAACAGAGAUGCGCUCCAGCUCACGGUCACAUCGCAUUAAUAAUAACGUGGCUGAGAUAGGAGUGCAGUUCAUUCAGAGGCCCUACAUGAGUGGAUUUGGACAACCUGCACUGAGCAGCAGCCCAAUGUUGAGCUCAAUACGGCACAAGAGCUAUGGCAAACCCCACUAUUUGUCCUUGUACCCCCGUUCCCUCUCCAUGGAGGGACAUGACAUGCCUCUGGGUGUCUACAGCUACAUGGAUGGAUCCCCAAGACAGGGAGGUGCCAUUUGUUCAUCUGGAAGCUUCUCACAGUGCUCACCUUUAUUGUCCAGUGGCCUGUCCACUCCGACAUCUGUAGUGGAUAUCCCACCUCCGUUUGAGCUGGCCUACAUUACCAAGAGGCCCAUCACAAAGAGUUCCCCCUCGCUUCUCAUCGAAGGAGAUUUGUCAGAGAAAAACAGGAAAAAGAAAUCCUCCAUUAAGCGUUUCCUGAUGCUUAAAUUUAGGCGGAAAACAGAGAGCAAGCCUGUGGUGGAUGUCAACCCGUCCUUGUUUAAGUCCUCAGCAGAGUCCAACCACCACACGCCCAGCAGACUGCUGGAUCUAGAUAGACGCAGUAUCAGUAGCUCUCCACAGCUCAAUUCACACUCUGUUAGUAAACCUCAUUUUUCAUCCGAGCCGCCCUCCACCUUCUUGCUCUACCAGGAAAGCAAAAGAAAAGGGAGCUCUGUGGCCUUUCUCAAUCGCAGCGUUGUCCGGGUAGAGUCCUUUGAGGACCGCUCCCGUGUGCCUUUCACACCUCUGCCGCUGACCAAGCCUCGCUCCAUCUCUUUCCCCAACGCAGAUACCUCAGAAUAUGAGAAUGUACCUGCCAUCAGCUCAGAUUAUGAGAACCUUCAGGUCCCACAGCAGAGGCCCAUCCGACAGGCGCCAUUCACAGACUACUUUGACCGUCCCAGUCGGGCACUGUCCCCUGCCAAUGACACCGACGGUUACGUGGACAUGAGCAGCCUUCCUGGGUUCAAGGGUAAAACUCAGUCACCUGAACAGGAAACAGAAAGUGCCUAUACAGAAGCCUACAACGUGUGUUCGGUGGCUGUCUCUCCACAAACUGUCUCUGUGGGUGAUGUCGAUGGAGAGACGGCGGGUGAAGAAGACCAAGGACGCACCUCUGAGGAGGAAGAGGGAGGUGCAGACAGCAUUUAUGAGAGACAGCAUGACGGCCGAUCCAGAGCCUUUUACAUCGCGAAAGAGCUGGUGGAUACUGAGAGAUUACAUGUGAAAGCCCUCAAGCUCCUCCAGGAAGACUUUCGGGAGGCAGUGGGGGCAGCAGUUGGGGACGAGGGGGAACCUGUGUUAGACGAAGAGAGGCUUCGAGAAAUUCUCAAUGAGCUGCCUGAUGUUUACACCCUGCACCGCCGAAUCCUCACUGAGCUGGAGAAUCGAAUCCGACACUGGGAGGAGAGCCAGAGGAUUGCAGACAUCUACCUGUCCAGAAAAGCAGAGUUUUUGGUUUUCACCACUUAUAUCGGCCACUAUGAUCGAAGUAUGAGCCUGCUGGAGGACAGCUGCCGAUCUUCACCUGCCUUUGCAGCAAUUGUUCACCAGUUUGAGCAGCAGAAUCCAGCUGGAGAAAAAGUGUCUCUGAAACAUCAGCUCCUGCAGGUCAUUGUGCGUGUGGCUCAGUACCGCAUGCUCCUCACUGAUUACCUGAACAACCUCUCCCCCGAUUCCAAGGAAUAUGAAGACACCCAAGCUGCUGUGGCUGUCAUAUCUGACAUUGCAGAUCAAGCAAAUGACAGCAUAAAACAUGGGGAGAACUUGUUGCGUCUGGUCAACAUAGAGUACAGUGUUCGUGGCCAGCGGGACCUGCUGCAGCCUGGCAGGGUCUUUGUGAAGGAGGGCACCCUGAUGAAGGUCAGCAGGAAGAGUCGACAGCCCCGCCAUCUGUUUUUGAUGAAUGACGUGCUGCUGUACACCUACCCUCAGCAGGAUGGGAAAUACAGACUGAAGAAUACUCUGCCUCUCACUGGCUUGAAGGUCAAUAAACCUAUCAUGGAAGAUGUCCAAAAUGCACUGAGGAUUGAAGGAACAGACAUCUCCAUCACUUUGUCUGCAAGUUCCUUCAUUGAAAGAGAGGACUGGUUUUACACUCUAAGCCGCACUGUGACUGAACACGCCAGGGGAUCUGUAGCAUUCAACAGCUGCUCAGGAGAGGCCAGAGAUCGUCUGCGGCUGACUCUAGGAGAGAAAGCCCCUACACUUGUUCCAGUCUCACAAGUGAUGAUGUGCAUGAACUGCACCUCAGAUUUCAGCCUCACUCUCCGUAGACACCACUGCCAUGGCUGCGGAAGAAUUGUUUGUCGGAGCUGCUCCAGGAACAGAUAUCCACUGAAAUACAUGAAAGACCGCAUGGCCAAAGUGUGUGAUCACUGUUACAACGAGCUAAAGAAGAGAGGGGCAGAUGUGUCUGCGCUGUCAGGUAAGAGUAGCCCUCGUCCAAACCGCUCCAGUCGUCCUCUCUCUGCUGUGUUCCAAAACAUUCAUCCUCCCAACAUCUGGAGACAUCGGAAAGGCACUGCUUCCUUCACCCAGGUGACAGUGUCAGAGGAGGGCUCCAUUAGUGGCACUCUACAGCGCAGCAAGAAGAGCAAGAGGAACUGGAAGAGACUGUGGUUCCUUCUAAGAGACAAGGUGCUUUACACCUACCGAGCCCAAGAGGAGAAAGUAGCAUCUGAGAGUUUACCUCUGCUGGGCUUCACAGUGAAGCUACCUGACAAGCAGCUGGGAGAGGAGGAGUCCAACAUUUUCCAGCUUUACCACAAAAACACUUUGUAUUAUUCCUUUAAAGCUGAGGACAACUACACAGCCCAGAGGUGGGUAAAUGCCAUGGAGGAAGCCACAGUUUUAUAGGAUCAGCUACUCUGGAUGGCAGGUGGACUAAACAUUACAACAGGCUGGCUUUGACUUCCUGUCACUGUGCUGAUGCUGAUUGCUGACGUAGCUCAGUACAUCUAUUGAAAAUGAAAACAUUAGCUGCCAUGCUGCUGAACUGUUUGCCCCUAUAUGAGUCUGUACUGACAUGUAGUC